AGCUUUAAACUUGUCAGGAUGAAGGAGUAGGCAGAAGUUUUGUCCUUGGAAGGGAGGAGAACAGGGUGGCCAAGAUGAGUAGUGUCCUUGUUUAGAUUCUGCACCUGAAAAAUUUGUCUGAUAGCCUUGGUGGUUUGGUCAACAUUUUUGCUGAAGAGAAUGGCAGAUUUAGACCAAUUUGGAGUUUGACCCGAGCCACGGCAAAAGCUUUGUAACAAGGAUUUCAUGGUUUGGAUUUCUUGCAGGGAUUUCGGUGGCCGUUAAACCCAUCAGCAAGCCCUUCCAAACCCACAACCCAGCGGAACCUAAAGAAUAGAACGCAGCGAUUCUUUCGGUGUCCGGGCAAUCGAUCCGAAGGAAAGAAAUCAGCCGCCACCGUCAAUCGCCGUGUCGUCCGCCUCCCAAGGAACGCUGAGGCUCAGGCAGUCAGGCUCCUCCUAGGGUUGGAUCAAGCUCCUCCUCCUGCGGCGGCAAGGAACUCGUCACGCACACCUGCGUCAGUAGCGUCCUCUCCCGUGCCGUGCGGCACAUCCCGCCAUCGGCUCCUGCUUCGAUUCACCGGCAGGGUUCUAGGGAGCUCGGGAGUCGGGACCCCGGACCCCGGAGGUUUCAAGUUCGGUUGCAUCACCUUAAACUCUGGUCUAGAAAACGACAGAUCACAGUGCUUCUGAUGGAACAUGCUGAAGGCGACGCAUCUGCUUUUGAUGGUGAAGCUUCUUCCUUUAAUCACAGUGCUUCCUCUGAAGCCGGCCAUGACAUGGACAGUGAGAAUGUAGACAUGGAAGCUCAUUUUGCUGAAGCAAAUUAUAAUUAUUUUGAGGAAGAGUAUGCAAACCCUGGCAAAGAAGAUUGGGAUGAUUUUGAGAAAGAUUACAAAAAAUUUGCCAAUGCAGAUUGGGCGCCUGCAGAUUGUAAUGAUUUUGAUGAAGACCACGCAAAUUUUAACGAUUUUGAGGAAAAAUACAGAAAGUUUGCUGAAGCAGAUUGCAAUGAUUUUCAGGAAGAACACACAUAUGUUGAGGAAGCUGGUUGCAAUGAUUUUGAGGACGAAAACACAGGUUUUGCCGAAGCUGAAGGUUUGAACAACAAAUUGGAUGAGUUCCGGAAGAUAGUGGAUAUGACCUUCGGAUCUGAAGUAGAAGCUUACAUGUUCUACAAUAAGUAUGCAAGAGACCAUGGUUUUAGCAUUAGAAAGGGGAAGGUGAAGGUGAAGCGUGCGAAGAGUUCAGAAACAAUAAGGCUCAGACAUUUUGUGUGUUCUAGAGCAGGUAAACGGGCAAAAAAGUUCUUAGCUAUGGAGGGCCGUAUUCGCAGACCGCGAGCUGAAAGUUGUUGCAGAUGUGAGGCUAAACUUACCAUAAAACUUGACAGAUUACGCGGAAUUUGGUACGUUGGUAAGUUUGUAGAUGAUCACUCCCAUCCUUUAGCCAGACCCGAUGAAAUUCCGUUCCUACGGUCUCAUAGAAGAAUCAAAGAUUUCCAGAAAGCUGAAAUCUUAGCAAUGGGAGCGGCUGACAUUCGGAAGCAUCAAAUUAUGGAUACUUUGGAACGUAGGGCAUUCGGAAGCAUCAAAUUAUGGAUACUUUGGAACGUAGAUGUGGUGGGUAUGACAAGGUUGGGUUCAUAAGGAGGGAUAUUUAUAAUUUCUGUUCUAGGCAGAAGAGGUCCCCGAUUGCAAAGGGCGAUGCAAUGGCAGCUCUUGGUAUCAUGAAAAGCAGGAAAGAAAGAGACCCUGAUUUCAUUUUUGAAUACCAAGUUGAUGUUGAAGGAUGUCUGAAGACCAUUUUUUGGUGUGACACUCAGUCCCGUAUGGACUACCAAGAUUUUGGCGAUGUCGUAGUGUUUGACAGUACAUACAGGCUGAACAUGUACAAAAUGCCAUUUGUUCCAUUCGUUGGGUUGAACAAUCACCGUAGUACCACAAUCUUUGGUUGUCGCAUCGUAUCAGAUGAGUGUUGAAUCAUAUGUAUGGCUACUUCGUGCAUUUAUGAAAGCAAUGUGUCAGAAAGAGCCACGGUCAAUAAUCACCGAUGGAGACAACGCGGUGAUCAGAGCUCUUAGGCAAGUGGUUCCAAAUGUGAAAUAUCGUAUCUGUUCGUGGCAUAUUGAGAGAGAUAUUAAGAAGCAUUUGUAUUUCAAUUGCUUGACAGAGUUUAGAUCGCUUCUGUAUUAUGCUAGUUCAAGUGCUAAUUUUGAGGAGAGAUGGAAUUCUUUUGUGACAAAGCACCAAACUGAGAGGAAUAAAGUUUGGCUGGAACAAAUGUACAAGAAGAAGAAAUUAUGGGCUGCUUCAUUUGUGCGUCAUGGCUAUUUCCUUGGUAUGCAAAGCAACCAGAGAAGUGAGAGCCUCAAUUCCUGUCUUCACAGGGACCUUGACAUGUACAUGUCACUGGUUGAUUUGAUCAAGCACUAUGAGAAUUGCAUUUGUCGCAUCCGUCGACCUGAGGCUAGCAAUGACUGUGCAGCUUCACAAUCUAUGCUGGUAGCAGUAACUGAUUGCAAAGAAAUGGAGGGGGCCGCUUCACGUAUCUUUACUCCGGCUAACUUUUAUAUACUGCAAGAAUAUCUUAAAAAGGUUGAUGAUUUUGAGAUUUUUGAUACACUUCUGGGCAUCAAUUCUCAAAGCUUCAUUGUGGCAUCGAAGAAUCAGAAGAAAUGGAGCUUCUCGGUUGACUAUGAUCUUGCUAACUCAGAAGCAAGCAUCAAGUGCAGCUGCAAGAAGAUGGAGCGUUCGGGGCACCCUUGCGUGCAUAUACUCCACGUCUUGAAGCAUCUGAAA